GGUUGGCUGCACGUCUUCUGGAGCUGACUGGCGAGCAACUUCAAGUCCGCCAUUCUCCUCUCGUUGGUGGCGACGGCGUCCUCCAGAUCGCUGUGACGGCGAUGUGAAAUCACAAGGCCGUGUUACAGUAAAAGGUGAAACCACAAGGAGGAGCAAAACUACAAUACAAGUGAAGAUUAUGGAUUCUUCUGAUGCUUGUGCCGAAUCCCACUUCCGAACAGGAUACGCCCAGUAUGGCAUGAUUGGCUGGUGCUUUGAAGCAAAGGCCCAAGGAGAAGACGGAUGUCGAGGCUGAAGAGCGACCCGAGUGUGAACCGGCGGGCGGACCUAAACGCCGCUGAACUUUAUGUGAACUGGCGACCUCUUUGUGAGCGUGCAGCGGCAGAUGGAAAGUGUCUCCGCGUGUGCCAGGGUGCCUUUCCUAACUUUUGGCUGAACCUGGAGGCUCCCGGGCUGCACGCCUCCACUGUUGACUCAAGCGUCGAUGAGGCCAAAACAUGCUGCCGACUCAUCAACUUUAGUGGAGAAGCUCGCCCUCCUCUGCAAGCUCAAAGUUUUGGUUUUCGGCUCUGCGCGUGCGCACGAGCUUCCCACCCAGCCCCGGGGAUCCAGCGGGGGUUCUUCUCCUCCGCCUCCGCUUCCGUCUCCUCCUCCUCCGCCCCCUCCGCUCCUGCACCGGGGCGACCUCCUGGAGGUACCCCGCACGCUUUUCACCCACUUCGGGGUGUACCUGGGCGACGGGCGGGUGGCGCACCUCAUCCCGGACAUCCUCCCGGCGCUCACCGACGACCGACGGCGUUUGGCCACGGUGGUGACCAACGGGCGGCUGAUCGCCGGGUGUUUGUGCCGGCGCGCCACGGUGCGCGUGGACACCCUGGAGGACUUCGCGUACGGCUCCCGGAUCCUGGUCAACCGCGCGGACGGAGGAGGGGCGAAGAGCGCCGCGGCGCUGCCGGCGGAGGAGGUGGCCCGCCGGGCGGAGGCGCUGCUCGGCACCUUCCCCUACAGUCUGCUGUGGAACAACUGCGAGCACUUCGUCACCCACUGCAGAUACGGACGCGCCGUCAGCCGACAGACCGAAAAGUUUUGCGAGUGCCUAAAAUGGGUGAUCAGAGAUCGACGCAGCAUCUUGGUGACGGGAAUCCUGGGAAUCAUCUCCAUGCUCUUCUGCGGCACGGCCGCCUCAACUACAUUACCCACAAUCCUUAUCCCCUUCACCCUCUGGAUGGCCGGUUAAUUUGUGCGUUCGCUCGCCCGUCUUUCUAGUUCACCUCGCGCCAUUCAAGUGUCUAAUUUCAUAAACUUUUCCCCCUGUAAUGACAAUAACUGCCUUAUUUCGUGCAGUGGAUUUGUUUUGUGACUGUGUAAAAAUGUGUAAAUAAUAAAAACGUUAUUUUUA